ACUGAUUUUUCAACUAAAAGUAAUAUUGCUCUACGUAGUACCCAAACCUCGUCACGUCACCUGAAGCAACUGUAAGAAAAAAUGGCUACUACAAGUACGUUUCGCGACAUUCAUGACGAAUUCCUGGUGUGCAAGGUUUGUCUGGGUGAGUUCCAACAGCCGAAGAUGCUCCCGUGUCUUCACACCUUCUGUCAGCCGUGCUUGGAGAGAAUCCUCGAGCAAAGACCAGCCUUAAGGCUAUCUUGUCCGAUCUGUCGACAGUCCGUGCCCCUCCCACAAAAUGGCGUCCUGGGGUUGAAGAACAACUUCGUCGUGGUGAAACUUCGCGAUCUCGUGGACCAAAGCCCGUCUAGACGUACGAGUCAGAACACGGGAACGAGCGAUGAUGACAUGGUCCCUUGUACCGCUUGUGAUUCGGGGUUUCUCGCGCAGUGUUACUGCGUGCAUUGUAAGGAUUACCUGUGCCACGUGUGUACAGACGCCCACCGACGUGUAAAAACGGCUCGCUCGCACAAAGUAGUGCCCAUCCAGGAGCUCAGGUCAACCGCAAUCGCUUCAGAACUCCGGGCAAUCGAGACCUCCAAGUGCGAGGAUCACAACGAAGUCAACAAGUUCUACUGCGACACCUGUCGACUCGUGAUAUGUCUGCACUGCAUCGUGACGCAACACAAGGAUCACAGGUACGUGGAGAUACAGAAGGCGGCGGACAGGGAGCGGGCACACAUCGAGAAGAAACUCGCUCAAGUUGUGAAAACUGUCGACUUGCACGAGAAGAAUUUGCAACAGUUGAUGCCAGCGAAAGAUGCUUUGUCUACGCAGCUACAGGAGACUUUGGAAGAGAUCGACACGCGUACGCGAAUCAUCACACAGGCAGCUAUGGAUGUCAAAGACUCUCAAACUUCCCAGCUCCUUGCAGUACAUUCUAGCAGGGAAGACCAUGUAGAUUCUCUUAUAGAAGCAACAGAGAUGAAUCUUGCCUUAGCGAAGAGUUAUACACAGUUCACGAGUAACGUUUUGGGGUACGGGAGCCCAGCGGAGGUAUGUUCCGUAGCGGGAGACUUGAAGGGAUGGUUGGUGCAGAGAGCUGACCAAUCAGUGCCCUCGGUAGCCGAACUGACCAAUCACUUCGCGAAGUUCCGCUACGACCUACCAAUCAACAUCGAGCAGGAGGUGACGAAACUCGUAGACGGAAGCAGGCAGUGGCCAAUGAUUUCACCGUCACAACCAAAAGUUCGAUUCAAACAAGCAGCAAGUCCUGACCAGAAAGGCGCUCAAACCGCCAAAGGUAAAGAAACGAAAGGGCAAAGAUCACACAUUGGUGACUCACCACAGAAAGCCAGCAAAAGUGGCGGUAGAGUACAGAAAGGGGAUACGCAAGUUUCAAUUCUGUCACAGGUCCGUCCUAGUCACUCUCUCAGAGGACCUCAUAUUCUUAAAGCGGUGGGAAAGAAUGGGACUGGAAACGGGGAGUUUGACUUCCCUACGUCAGUCGCUGUCACUAUAGACAGAGACAUCGUAGUGGCAGACCACGAUAACGGCCGACUGCAAGUCCUGGACAAAGAUGGCGGCUUCAGGAAGACUGUAGAGCUGCAGUUUUCUCCCCGGUCGGUGGCGGCGCUGACGAACGGUAACCUGUUGGUGACAGGAGACGGACAUAAGAUCCACGUGCUGGACAGACAGGGGAGGGAGGCGCGUGUCAUACAGGUGUAUGGGGCUGCGGAGACGGACGAGAACACGUUAGGCAUCGCUGUGGACGGGCUGGGGCGGAUCAUAGUCACCGUGGGGUUCCAGGUAUUCGUGCUUCGUUCGAGCGGAGAAAUUCUCUCGCACUUCGGCGAGAAGGGCGGGGGACGACACCAGCUUCAGUCGGAGCUCAGGGUCGCCACCAACGGCCGGAACAACAUCGUCGUCAGCGACUUCGUCAACCACAACGUGAAGAUAUUCGACCCCGCGGGCCGGUAUCUGCGCACCUGCGGGGCCUUUGGGCCCGGGGCCGGGCAACUCAACCGUCCGCGCUGCGUCAUCACUGACGUCAACGAUGACGUCAUUGUAACGGACUGUCACAACGACGGGGUUUCACAGUUUAGACAGGACGGGACUUUCGUGAGGAAUAUCGUGACCAGGGGGUCAUUGCUCCGGCCUAUGGGACUAACCAUUACACAUGACGGGAGGAUGGUGGUGUGCGAUCGACAGUAUGACAGAGGCUGUAUUAAGAUAUUUUCCCUUAACUGAUCAGAUGCAUCAUUCUAGUAUGUAGUAUAUAGUUCCACAUUCAAAUUAGUUCAUCUAGAAAAACUACUGUACGUAGCAUGUAGUUGUA